UGCACAAAGUGUUUUUAUUUGAAAAGAGACGAUUUGACAUGACAAGAAAUGGAUGAAUUUCGCUGGGACGUCUCUUCGAAUUUGGGCAGUCUUCUUUCCGCAGUGGCGGAGCCUGCAUUGAUUUCAACCUGUCGGGAACUGCUGGCAAAACAGAUCUGGGGGCCUCAGGAUCGACAGCAGUUACUCUCAACUCUCUCCAAGUACUUCCUCUACCCACAAUGCACCUUGCCUGUGGCCGAAGCCUUCCGUCCCAUCUUGCUGGAUGUGCUGGAGAGAGCUGGUCAGGCGGUGGUCACAAGAGGGCGCUUUUGCUUGCAGGAGCACGAGAGGCUGUGUGUAGCCGUGGGGAAGGUGCUUGACUUGCACCCAGACGUCUUCAGAUUUUUGAUGAAAUAUCUACAAACUGCUCCGCCGGUUUUUGAGAGGCUACUGAGUGGGAAAGUCACCGUGAAAGUAAAAAAGAAAAAGAAACAGAAGCACAAGGCAGACGAUCCUACCCCACCUCCCAGCCUGACAGACAUCCUAGCAACAUGCCACAGGUAUCUCCGCUAUUCAAGAGAGGCGUUUGUGGACCUGUGGGACUGGAGCCCUGUGAUGAAGCUAGUUGCCCACGAGGACAUAGAUGUGAGAUGGUAUUCCUUACAAAUAGCAGCCACCCUAACAGACAUGGCUGACCAACCAAUCCAGGCGCUUCUCACCAAUCAUUUCACUCCUGAUGACUUGAGGCUUCUGACUCUCGGACACGAGGAGGCAAAACAGCUUGAAGCGACACGCCGCAGCGCCAGCCUGCUCUUGAACUCAGAUGUGACCUUUGACCUCGAGCGACGAGAGAAAGCGACACACACGAUGCGCGAGUUAGUCGGCGCGGAUCUGAGUCCGUCUGUUGCUGCGGUGUGCGGGGUGCUGUUACCUGUCAAAGCUGGCCAUGAGAAAAAGGAUACAUCCCAUACAAUGGUCAGGGUCCCAUCCACGGCCCGCAACCUCCAUAGCCUGGCUCUGGCUGUCUCGUCGGGCACCGCCGUGCUGCUAGAGGGCGCUGUCGGAUGCGGCAAGAGCGCCCUCGUUGACCACUUGGCCCAGGUCACGGGCCGGAGGAAAACCCCCGACCUGCUGAAGGUGCAGCUCGGGGACCAGACCGACAGCAAGGCCUUGAUUGGUACUUACCGCUGCACCGAUAUUCCAGGAGAAUUCGUCUGGCAACCGGGAGCGCUAACACAGGCUGUCACCAACGGACACUGGAUCCUACUAGAAGACAUCGACUACGCACCCAUGGACGUCAUCUCUGUACUGGUACCCUUGCUGGAAGCCGGUUCCCUGUCCCUGCCUGGGCAUGGAGACGUGGUGCGUGCCGCUCCGGGAUUCCAGCUCUUCGCCACGCAGCGAUUGACGGCCGGCGCCGGUGGGUUCUUCAGGCAGCACGUAUCCCACGCUGCAUUGCUGGAUCGCAUGUGGUCAAAGGUUAACGUGGAACCCCUUUCGAGGGAGGAGCUACAGCAGGUGGUUGUGACCCUUCACCCCAAGCUGACCUCCGUGGUUGAUAAGCUCCUGGACAUCUUCAUCAUGCUGUCGUCCGGUAGCCAUGAUGACCCACAAGAGACCAAACCAGAUGAGCAGCACGGACGUGUCGUGACCCCGGCAGAGGUCACAGGUCACCAAGGUCGUCUGAUUUCCACAAGGGACUUGCUGAAGUGGUGUGGCCGUAUAGCCGCCAGGAUUGAUGGCCGUAUAGCCACCAACCCAGCCAACAAUGUCUUCCUAGAGGCCCUAGAUUGUUUCUGUGCCGCCCUGCCGAAGCCCAAGACCAGAGCCAGCGUCGCGGAGGCAGUGGGCGUCCGACUCAACCUUAGCCUGGAGAAAUGCGGCUUCUUUGUCAACAGCUACAAGCCCAACAUUGACAUACAGCAGGAGUACGUGACCAUGGGAAGAGCCAGGCUAACCAGGAAGGAAGAGGAAAGGAUAAAAAUACAGAGAUCCCAGCUAUCAAACUUUGCCUUCACACGGCCGGCGAGCGUCCUCCUAGAGCGAGUAGCCGUCUGCAUCAGCAACAACGAACCGGUGCUGCUCGUAGGAGAGACGGGCACAGGCAAGACCUCCUCCGUGCAAUACCUGGCUGACCUGACAGGUCGAAGGUUAAAGGUCGUCAACAUGAACCAACAGAGCGACAGCACCGACCUUUUGGGAGGGUUCAAGCCAGUGGAUUUCAGGCAGUUGAUCUCGCCCGUCCGCGAGUCCUUCGAAACCCUCUUCGUGGAGACUUUCUCCCGCAAGCAGAACGUCAAGUUCCUGAUGCACCUACAGGAGUGUUUCACCGCCCAGCGCUGGCAGGACCUGCUCAAGCUGAUGGGCCACUGCCACCAGGCGGCGGUCAAGAGAUUCGAGAAGGAGAGCCAUGAUGAGGAAGCUGGAAGCAGUUCAGGCAAACAGAGUCCUACCAUGAGGUGCCAGUGGAGAUCCAUCGGCGAGAGGAUUCAACUCUUGAAAACGCAGCUGCAGCACUCCGAAAACGCCCUGGCCUUCUCCUUUGUAGAGGGCACCCUGGUGCAAGCUGUCCGUAACGGCGACUGGGUUCUUCUGGACGAGAUCAACCUAGCCACCGCAGAGACUCUAGAAUGCUUGAGUGGUCUUCUGGAAAGCACCGAGGGAACGGUUACCCUGUUAGAGCGAGGUGACUCGGAGCCCAUCGUUCGUCACAAGGAUUUCAGGCUGUUUGCCUGUAUGAACCCGGCGACCGAUGUCGGCAAGAAAGAACUACCCCCUGGCAUCCGAAACAGAUUCACAGAAUUCUUUGUCGAUGAGCUAGAAGAGACUCAAGACUUGAAGAUCCUGGUCAGUAACUACCUGCGAGGCCUGGCGCUACCACCAGACAAACUGGACGGAAUCGUACAGUUUUAUUUGGCUGUUCGUAAGGAAGCUGAAAUGAAACUUGCAGAUGGGACCGGACACCGACCUCACUACAGCUUGCGUACUUUGUGCAGGGCGUUGCGCUAUGCCUCCACCAACCCCUGCGGAAGUGUCAUGAGGUCAUUAUAUGAGAGCUUCUGUUUGAGCUUCCUGACCCAGCUGGACCGCGCCUCCCACCCAUUGGUCGAGCAGCUGGUCUGCAAGAAGCUGAUUGGCCGAGCCAACAUGAAAGGCGUCCUGGGCCACCCGAUUCCGCCGCCCGCUGCGGGGAGCUACGUCAAGAUGGAGGGGUACUGGAUCGCGACGGGGGAACGUGAGCCCGAGAAGCAGAAAGGAUACGUCAUGACGCCCUCCGUGAAAGCCAAUCUCCGAGACCUGGCGAGGAUUGUGUCAGCAGGUUCAUUCCCAGUCCUACUCCAGGGCGAAACCUCCGUCGGAAAAACCAGUCUGAUCCACUACCUCGCCAUGGCGACCGGCAACCACUGCGUCAGAGUAAACAACCACGAACACACGGACCUGCAGGAGUACGUGGGCUUCUACGCGGCCGACGAAAUGGGGAAACUGGUCUUCAAGGAAGGGGUGUUGGUUGAUGCUAUGAGAAAAGGGCAUUGGAUCAUCCUAGACGAGCUCAAUCUUGCACCGAGCGAUGUUCUUGAGGCACUAAACAGGUUACUAGACGACAACCGGGAGCUGUACAUUCCGGAGACCCAGGAGAUGAUCUCGGCCCAUCCACGGUUCAUGCUGUUUGCCACCCAGAAUCCACCAGGACAGUACGGAGGAAGAAAGGUGUUGUCCAGGGCCUUCAGGAAUCGUUUCGUGGAGCUUCACUUUGACGAGAUUCCCAGCAAGGAGCUGGAGACCAUUCUGCAUCAGCGCUGUGCCAUCCCUCUCUCCUACUGCAAGAAGAUGGUCGCUGUCAUGCUGGACCUUCAGACUCGACGCAAGGGCUCAGGAGUGUUUUCCGGCAAGCAGGGUUUCAUCACACUACGGGACUUGUUCCGCUGGGCUGAGCGCUACCGGCGGGCCAGCCAGGGACAGGGAACACUGUACGACUGGGACCAACACAUAGCUGAUGAUGGAUACCUGUUAUUAGCCGGGCGCGUCCGCCGCCCGAAGGAACAAUCUCUCAUCAAGGAGGUCCUAGAGAAGCACAUCCGCUGCAAGAUUGACCCUGCCCGUCUCUUCAGCCUGUCCCCGGACACCUCUCCCAUCACCAGAGGGAUCCUGGAGAGGGUCCUGGGAGGGGAAACACCCGAGGGCUUCGGUCACGUGGUCUGGACAUUUGGGAUGAGGCGGCUGGCCGUGCUGGUGGGGCAGGCGCUGAAGUUCCAGGAACCGGUACUGUUGGUUGGUGAAACCGGAUGUGGCAAGACCACCAUUUGUCAGUUGCAUGCCGCCUUGGCCAAUCAGAAGCUGUACACUGUCAACUGCCACCUGCACACCGAGACGUCCGACUUCCUGGGGGGUCUACGACCGGUACGCCAACACAGUAGUGACAAGGAUGAAGACAAACAGAAACUCUUUGAGUGGUGCGACGGCCCGUUAGUCCUGGCCAUGCGCGAGGACGCGGCAUUCCUCAUCGACGAGAUCUCGCUAGCCGACGACUCGGUCCUCGAGCGACUCAACAGCGUGCUGGAGCCCGAGCGCACGCUGCUACUCGCCGAGCGGGGAAGCGGUGAGAGCACGGCUGACGACAUUGACGUGAUUGUUGCAGGGGAGCAGUUUUUCGUUGUCGCCACCAUGAAUCCUGGAGGAGACUUUGGAAAGAAGGAGUUGUCCCCUGCACUUCGUAACCGCUUCACCGAGAUCUGGUGUCCCCAGUCCAACGAUCGUCAGGAUCUGGUACACAUCAUUGAGCACAACUUGGCGGAGGGGGUGUGGCUAUGUAACCAGGAGGAUGGCUCCAGUGGGGUGGGGAACGCUAUCAUGGAGUUUGUCAGUUGGUUUCAGAACAGUGAAGCGGGCAAAAGAUGCACGGUCAGCAUUCGGGACAUUCUGUCCUGGGUCAACUUCAUCAACACGUGCUGCGAUGCUUCAACCUCAAAACAACAGCAGACGCAAAGUACAACAGAAUGUCUGGACACUGCGCUGGCCUACGUUCAUGGAGCAUGCAUGGUGUUUUUAGACGGCCUCGGUUCAGGGAGUACAAGCAACACUUCCCUGACCCCGCACCAGGCCAGGCACCUCAGCCUGAACUUCCUCCGGGACCAGGUCUGGCGGCUGGUGGGCCAAGACGUUGACCUGACCUCGCUGAUGGUGACCUCAGAGGUCAAGGGGUCAGAGGGCGUGAAAGUGGUCGAUUCCAAGGAUGGGCUGUUUGGGAUUGAACCUUUUUACAUCCCAAGAGGUCCUUUACAGAGUACUUUAGCCCAAGACCACUACGCCCUGAAUGCCCCUACCACAGCCCUGAACGCUCAGCGGGUCCUACGUGCCUUACAGCUCCCUCGAGCCAUCCUGCUAGAAGGCUCGCCGGGCGUGGGUAAGACCAGCCUGGUGUCAGCCAUUGCCAAGGCCUCGGGGCACGAACUGGUCAGGAUUAACCUCUCAGAGCAAACCGAUGUGACUGACCUGUUUGGCGCUGACCUUCCCGUGGAGGGGGGUGAAGGGGGUCAGUUUGCCUGGAGGGACGGUCCGCUACUGAGGGCCCUCAAGGGCGGCCAUUGGAUCGUCCUGGAUGAGUUAAACCUUGCCUCUCAAUCAGUCUUAGAAGGCCUCAAUGCCUGUCUGGACCACAGAGCCGAGGUCUACGUCCCAGAGCUGGGCAAAACCUUCCACAUCCAGCACGAGAAGACCCGACUGUUUGCCUGCCAGAACCCGCUGAAGCAAGGCGGGGGACGCAAGGGGCUGCCACGUUCCUUCCUCAACAGAUUCACACAGGUGUAUGUAGAGCCAUUGACAGCAGGCGAUCUACUCUUCAUCGCCCACACUAUGUAUCCCAUGCUGACUACACAGCUCUUGGAGAAGAUGGUUGCAUUCAACAACCAGUUGUACCAGGAGACCAUGGUGGAGUACCAGUGGGGUCAGCGCGGUGGUCCGUGGGAGUUUAACCUCCGUGACCUCUUCCGAUGGUGUGACCUGAUGGUGCACGACCAGCACGGACAGUGGCAACCCGGCCAGCACGUUGGGCUGAUCUACAGGGACAGAAUGCGCAGCCAGAGGGAUAAACAAAAGGUCCAAGAGCUUUUCAAAUCUGUGUUUGGGGAUGACUUUGCUGAAGCAUACGAGGGCAGCAGACAGGUUCACAUAACGCCUGCCUCUAUUCAGGUGGGUCACUCAUUCUUAAGGAGAAACGACCACAUCCCAAGCACCCAGCAGAGCCUGAAGAUGCCCCUACAGUUGCUGCCUCACUGUCUGGAUCCCAUGGAGGCACUCAUGAAGUGCGUAGAGAUGAACUGGAUGACAAUACUGGUUGGUCCAAGUGCCAGUGGCAAGACGUCUCUGGUUCACCUCCUGGGUCACCUGACUGGUCACAUGGUGCGAGUGCUGGCCAUGAACAGCGCCAUGGAUACCACUGAGUUGCUAGGAGGUUUUGAGCAGGCUGAUUUGAACAGGCAUUGGGAGCAAGCUCUACAGUCUCUGAGACAUGUCGUCAUGGCAACAGAGCGGCUCCUCCUAUUGGACGAAAGUGAGGAGGUAUCCCAGCAUGCACCACAACUUCUAGCCAAUUGGGCCGGUCUAAACACCAUGUGUCAAACAGGUUCACAAAGAGAAAGUAGUUCCUCGACCAAGCAAUCCAUUGAAGGGCUGUCCGAGAGAAAACUGGACAUGUUUGAACAAGUGCUCGACCAAGUCCAAAGUGUGGUUCAGAAACACGCAUCGGAAACUGACAUAAAUGAGAAAGUCGGUCAUGUGACCAAUAUGGCCGCCCAGCUGAGAACGAGGCUCGAGAAGGAGGGUCGUACCAUUCAGCAGGGCGGGGGUGGCAAGUUUGAGUGGGUGGACGGGCUGCUGGUCCAGGCGUUGAAGAAUGGCGACUGGCUGCUCAUUGAUAAUGUCAACUUCUGCAGUCCCUCCGUACUGGAUCGUCUCAAUGCCCUCCUAGAACCCAACGGAGUCCUGAGCAUCAACGAGCGAGGCGUGAUCGACGGUCACAUACCCACUGUCAAGCCCCACCCAGACUUCCGCCUGUUCCUGGCCAUGGACCCUAGGCACGGGGAGAUCUCACGAGCCAUGCGCAACCGGGGGGUGGAGGUCUACAUAGUGGGAGAGAAUGAGGGUGGUGCCUAUGAUCGUCUAGAUCUCCUAGCCUUACUGAAUGGCAUUGGGCUGACGGGGGACAAGACUGCUGGAACUUUGUUGGGGCUUCAUGAGGAUAUCAAACUCAAUAUGCCAGGGAGCGAUGUUGCAAGCCUUCCCAGCAUCCUCCUUGCUGCUUCAGUCGCCGUGCAACUGCUGGAACGGGGUCGGGAUGUGAAUAGCGCCCUCAAGCAAGCAUGCACUGACGUGUUUGUUCGGGGUCAACUGUCAAAGGUCAACAAGCAGAAAGCAAAAGAGAUUGUUGAGAAGCAUCUCAGUGGCAUGGGCACCGACUUGGAUCAGCUGGUACCCAUCGACCCAAAUGGAUUGCUACAUGCUGAAGCAGAUGACGAUGUGUCAAUAGAGGGAGCCCUUCAUCCUCGCCACCUUCCAUCUGUGGACGAGCUCAGCCGCAAUGCAUCAUGGGCCAUGUUGCGGAGGGAAUUUGCCCUGCUUGCCUGUUUACUAAGCGGGGUAAAAAAUCAGGCUGAGCGGCAGAGCAUUGUUCGGCUCUUCCGACCGGCCACCCUCCUUCUGUUAGAACAGGCCACGCCCACCGACUGGGAGCUGCGAGGCGAUUGGCUCGCGACAACGUGGACAAAAGCGCAGCGGGAAGUUGAUGACAGAACAGCGUUGAUCAGGACGGGAGGAGCGGGGUUUGUGGCGUGUAUGCCGGAGAUUGCUGUAGAGGCACUGAAAGUUGUCUUUCAGCAUCCGCUGCGAAAGAGACUAGCAGAGCUAUUGGAAAAACUAGAGCUUUCUGAAGAGUGCAAGAUGUUGCAGCACUACCCACUUGAUCUCAACUUGGCGCCUCAACUUCUUGACAAGCUGGCCAAGCUCAGUCAAAAGAGGGCGCCAGACAGAAUGGCGGUCGACGACGAGCAAGAUGAAGAAGAGACAGACGCUGGAUGCAGUGUUCUGGAAGAAGCCACGGCCAUUGCGAGAAGGUUACAUCUGCUACUCAGGAUCACAGUCCUACGCCAUAUUGAAUACUCCAGACUGAGGCAAGCAGUGGAUGUUAAGCACACUCCCACCACAGCUAUCCAGCUGUCUUACGCACUGCAUCUUGGCCUGAUCAGUAUUGAUGAUUUGCCGCACCCUCUGUUGGCCCACCUCUACCCCUUCUUCCGAUCGCUGGACGCAUUCAUGGCCGACGCCAUAUCGACUGGGAAAUCAAACCUCUCUGAAGACACAACUUACGAGAUCCUAUUGGCCCUGCACUGGAGAGACAGAUGCUGGCAGGUGUGUGACCGGCCAAUCAAAGGCAGCGACUCUUUCCACCUGGGGCAGUUCGCCUUGCACUGGGCAUGGAUGACAAAGAAACUGAUCGCAGUUGUCACUCACUUGCUACUUGGAAAUGACAAUGCUUUGCCACAAGACUUGCAAACAGUAACCAACCGGAUCACCGAUCACCUGGCUUCCAUAGCGACGACCCUCUCUGCUCCCCAACACCAGAGGGCGCUGGUGCACCACAUGGGCCAACCGCUGCCGUACAAGUCCAGUCUCUGCGCAGAGACCUCCGAGCAUCUUUACAAACUCUGUCAGACUGUCGACAUCAUGGGCUCGGUUGCUAGGGUGGACGUUGGUCGCCUCGACAACCGGAAACGGAAGAAAUUGCAAAGAUGCGUAAUGUUUGCAGUGAAGGAUGGAAGUUUUGCUUGCAGGAAAAUUAUUGAUUUACUGGUUGCGGUUUCCCAAUUGAACAACCAAGCUGUUGAUUUUAUUGAGGAUGACCUUCUAGACUCCAUUCAAGCCGUCGAAGCCAACCUCGCCUCCCAUGGACUCUACCACCAGGACGGCAAUCAACAUAUCCCCAUGGAAACAGAAGAUGAUGUCAGCCAAUCAGAAGAAAGUGGAGCCAAGACCGAUGUGGCCUCGAAAAUUGGCCUUUGGCCGCUGUGGGACCACGUGGCUCUGUGCGCAGAACAGACGGUAAACUGUAACCUCCUCGCAAGGAAAAUGAAAAGAGAGACACAAUGA